UGCUUCACCAUAAUCGAAAUUCUGUGUCUGGUUCGAGUUGAAUACAAGUGUUGCUCUCUGUCUCUGUCCGAGCUACACGAGAACACCAUGGCGGCCAGGAAUGCCGUUUUGGCGAUGCUGUUCGUUCUUGUGGAAAGUCAACAUAUAAAUCACCCCGGCUAUAAAGGCUGCUAUUGGGACGAGGCCCAAAUGAUGAACAGCGCCUUCGGACGUUACGCUGUCAAAGACGACACCAUGACGGUGGAACUGUGUCUGCAGAUCUGCAAGGACCGGAACGCGAGCCUAGCCGGUCUGAGGCAACACGACCAGUGCCAUUGCGGAGACAACAUUCGAGAAUCACGGAAUUGCCAGUGCAUGCAGAAAUGUGGCUUUACUUGUAGCGGAAAUGGAGACCAGUUUUGCGGUGGAUCCUACUGGAAACCGGCCAAAACAAGGAUGUCUGUUUAUGACGUCUCUUCAAGUGAAUGUCCGCAUCCGGGACAACCGACCCAUGGCUUGGUCGACGCCGGGGAUUUCUGGUUCGGGUCAGAGGUCACCUUCCGGUGUGACGUCGGCUUCCAGAUCCAUGGCAACCGCUCCGCGCAGUGCAUCCUGGAUGAAUCCGGCAACGUCACGUGGUCUUAUCAGACGAGUCCAGCAUGCCUCGCGUUGACAAGUGCAGCGCCGCCUGCAGGUUCGUCUGUCGGUGGAGAGUACGAGGUUUCUGAAGUUACCAAAGCAACGGCAGUUGCAGCCCCUGGUAGUGGAGACUACGGGAAUUCCGGCCCAACCAAAGACGAAGUUGUCGCCAUGUCGGUAGGCCUGUCGGUCUUGGCCGUUGCUGUUCUCGUGGGCGCCUUGUGUGGAGUCUACGUCUUCAAAUGGCGAAGAGUGCACGACAAGUCAAGAAUGGAUCAUACUGCGGCUGGCCAAAUCAAGCCUGUUGGGGGCGCCCGAGGGUCUGACGCUACCAGGAGCGUUCAGUCGUACGUGAACACCACCUACGACAUGAUGCAGAUAGCAUCGGUAGACGCGUCCCCUUACGAGAACGUGCAGCAGCCGCUGACCCCUGAGAGAGAGGAAGUCACCCUUUCCACCGGCGUCGUAGACGAGCCUACUCCUGGGAACGAAGUUGAUGGUUGCCAUGUUGGUGACGCACGCGCACUGGACGAUGUCAAAACUGGGGAUGGUGGCCAAGAGGAGAACGGGUACCAGUUACCGGCAGAGAAAAGUACAAACCCUGACGAAGGAUGGGUGGAGAACAUCAUUUAUGAGAGUGCGGACAAGUAGCCUCAUUAAGGGUGUUCAUUAUUCCACUGGGUAGCAUUUCAGCGGCCAGAAAAAGACAGCGCAGUUUUUAAAAUGUGUGCCAGCGCAUCUCCAAAAACGCGCCAUAUUUUUUUCUCAACAGGCUUUGUUCUCGCUUUGAGAAAAAAAAAAAAACUGAAUUUUUGUGUUGCCGGUGUCAUAUGAAGAUCAGACUCUUCAUGAAAUUACUUGUGACCCUUUUAUUAGUUCAACCCUCUCACGUGAUCGGUCACCUCAUAAUUAUCUUCGGUUAUAGGCAUGCGCAAUAGUACCGUACCAAUGAAUCCGUACUUCACAUUUCUAAAUUCAAGCUACACUUGCUCAGCCAUCAACUAUCCACUCUGUUCACAAACACCCCCUCACCGGCAAAGGAAGUACAGUUGGGGGUGACCGACCGACGCCAUCUUGCCUGACUGCAAUUCGUUUGCCGCGAAGCGCGGCCACUGCGUGUGAAUAAGUACAAAUCCCCUGGUGUA